AUGGGUAAAAUACAAGAAAGAAGACGUAGAUACACUUUCCGAAUGGAUCAAGGCUACUGCAGUGAAUUACCAGUUGGAAGUGUCAAUGGAGUAUAUAAAAUCUAUCCUGGCUAUGGAUUAGAAGUGAACGUAUAUUGCGAGAUGGAAUCUGACUGUCAUGGAUGGACGGUUGUUCAACGACGACUUGAUGGAAGCACAGACUUUAAUGUGGAAUGGGUAAAUUACAAGGCAGGAUUUGGUGAACUCAACAGGGAAUACUGGAUAGGAAACGACAACCUGCACGUUAUAUCGUCUUCAAAGGAUUACUUGCUGAGAUUUGAUCUGGAGGAUUUUAAUGGCGAUACAACCUACGCUAAGUACUCAACAUUUAGAAUAGGAAAUGAGGCAUUUAAUUAUAUACUAACCAUUGGCGGAUACAGUGGCACUGCUGAUUUCUUGAUUGACAACAUAUUCCCAGAUGUUUCCCAUGUUUCCCAGAUGACGACGGAUAGGUUCCAGUUGUCGUAA